UGUCUGGGGCUCGGGGUCCCGCGCCGGCAGCUAUCCGGCUUCAUCAUGGGGGUGCAGGGCCUCUGGAAGCUGCUGGAGUGCUCGGGGCGGCCGGUGAACCCCGAGACGCUGGAGGGGAAGAUCCUGGCUGUGGACAUCAGUAUUUGGUUAAACCAGGCCCUCAAAGGAGUCCGGGACCGCCAUGGCAACUCGGUGGAGAACCCUCAUCUCCUCACCUUAUUCCAUCGGCUCUGCAAGCUGCUGUUUUUCCGAAUCCGUCCGAUUUUUGUCUUCGACGGGGACGCCCCUUUGCUGAAGAAACAGACCCUGGCCAAGAGAAGGCAGAGGAAGGAAUUAGCCACCAGCGAUGCCAAGAAAACCAGAGACAAGCUGCUGAAGACGUUCCUGAAGAGACAAGCCCUCAAAACCACACUGAAAAGCAAAAGGGAUGACCCGCUGCCCAGCCUCACCACAGUGAACCGCCAGGACGACAUCUAUGCUUUGCCUCCUUUGCAACAAGACAUGAAAAACAGCUCUGAAGAAGAAGAUGAAAAAGAAUGGCAAGAAAGAAUGAGUCAGAAGCAAGCGUUACAGGAAGAAUUCUUCCACAAUCCUCAUUCAAUUGAUGUGGAGUCUGAAGACUUUGCCAGCCUGCCCCUGGAAGUCAAGCACGAAAUUUUGACUGACAUGAAGGAGUUCACCAAGCGGAGAAGGACUUUGUUCGAGGCCAUGCCUGAGGAGUCCAACGACUUCUCCCGGUAUCAGCUCCAAGGCCUGCUGAAGAAGAACUUCCUGAACCAGCACAUCGAAAACGUACAGAAAGAGAUGAACCAGCGGCACUCGGGGCAGAUCCAGAAGCAGUAUGAGGAUGAAGGCGGCUUCGUCAAGGAGGUGGAGACCCGCCGAGUGGUCUCCGAGGAUACCUCGCAUUACAUCCUCAUAAAAGGCAUCCAGGCCAAGCAGGAGGAGGCCCCUGAUGCCGUCCCAGCAUCCAGUGGGCUGUCCAGUGCAGGUCCCAGGUCACAGCCGGACUCUCGCCCUCCGUCCCCGAGGACCCUGCGGGCUCUGCAAGCAGCAGUGUUGGGGAGCAGCUCAGAAGAGGAGCAGGAGGAGCGGCGGGUGCAGCAGAACGGUGCCAUCUCCCCGGCCACCCUCCGAGCCAUCCAGAGAGCCCUGGACGAAGACGAUGAGGACCAGGAAGACCAGCACAGGGGCCCGGGCCCAUCCAGGAAGGGAGCACUUGGAGCGGCUGCCCCACCGCCUAGGCUGUGUGCAGGGGAUGCAGCUGCAGACGGUGCCCCAGGGCCACGGCCCCCCUGCCACCACUUGGUGGAGAGCCCCGGCCCUGUCAUGGGGGACAGUGACAGUGAUGGUGGUGAGAAAGGGCCUAGUGGGCUGCUUUGCUCCAGCCUCGCGGAGAGCACUGAGCCUACGCGGGAGGAAGAAGCGUGGACACCGGCUGUGGCCAGCAUUCAGGACACCCAUGAGUGUGGACAGGCCUUGUCCCCUAUACCCCAGGUCCCCCCUGGCCCUGUGACGGGGAGCCAGGGGGGUGGAGAGGCAGCUGCUGUGGGUCGGUGCGAGAUUCCUACCCUGAUGGUUGGAGCCCCCAGCCCAGAGGCCACCAGACCUGCAGCUCUCGCCUCGGACAUGGGCAAGACCAGCGUGCAGGGAUCACCCAGUGGGCAGAGCACAGGCAGUGUGCAGGGAGCAUCUGAUGUGGAGGGAGCACUGGGUGUUCAGGGAACAUCCAAUAUGGAGAGAGCAGGGAGCAUGCCUGGAGCACCAGACGUGCAGGAAAUAUCUGGCGUGCAGGGAGCACUGGGCAUCCAGGAAGCAUCAAAUGUUCAGGGAACACCUGGCAUGCAGAGAGCAGACAGCACACAGGGAGCACUGGGAUUGCAGGGAGCACUGGGUGUUCAGGGAGUACCAGAUGUGCAAGGAACACCCAGUGUUCAGAGAGCAGACAGUUUGCAGGGAGCACCAGGAUUGCAGGGAACACUCAGCGUGCAGGGAGCACCCUUCUCCCCUUUUGAGGCAGCACACAAUUCCGGUUCCUCCACCAUCCCUGCGUCCGCACUCCAGCUGGGGACACUGGACUCCACCGAUGAUGAUUUCCUGGAUGGCCAGAGCAAAGCAGACUCCGCAGACAGUGACUCCGAUGGAAGUUUCAUUGAAGUGCAGAGUGUGGCUAAUAACGAGGAGCUUCAAGCUGAGCUAGACGAAACUUCCAGACCUCUCUCUGGACAAGAGGAUGAGGAGCCUGGCGAAACAGAGAGCAGGGAAGGUUCUGUGGACUCUGAGGGUCUCCCCCAAGACAGCUCUGAAAGCCAGGCCUCGGACCAGGAGCCACCCGAUCAGACUGAGAGAGAUGCACACGAUUCACCCAAUGAAUGGGAAGACAUUGAUCUGGAGGAACUGGAAACCCUCGAGAACAGCCUGUUAGCCCAGCAGAACUCCCUGAAAGCUCAGAAGCAGCAGCAGGAACGCAUGGCUGCCACAGUGACGGGCCAGAUGUUCCUGGAGAGCCAGGAACUGUUACGCCUCUUUGGGGUCCCCUACAUUGAGGCCCCCAUGGAGGCAGAGGCUCAGUGUGCCCUCUUGGAUCUCACCGACCAGACUUCUGGAACCAUCACUGAUGACAGCGAUAUCUGGCUGUUUGGGGCCCGGCACGUCUACAAAAACUUCUUCAAUAAAAACAAGUUUGUGGAAUAUUACCAGUACGUGGACUUUCACAACCAGUUAGGCUUAGACCGGAGCAAACUGAUCAACUUAGCUUAUUUGCUGGGAAGUGACUAUACAGAAGGAAUCCCAAGUGUGGGCUGUGUUACAGCCAUGGAGAUUCUCAACGAGUUCCCUGGACAAGGCCUGGAACCUCUGCUGAAGUUCUCCACAUGGUGGCGUGAAGCCCAGCAGAGCCGGAAGGUGCGGCCUGACCCCCGCGACACCAAGGUGAAGAGCAAGCUGCGGGGCCUGCAGCUGUCCCCCGGCUUCCCUGACCCUGCUGUGGCCGCCGCCUACCUGCGGCCCGUGGUGGACGAGGCCCGAGGCUCCUUCCUCUGGGGUAGCCCCGACCUGGACCGGCUCAGGGAACCAUGAGCCUUAACUGCCCGCAUGUUCUGUCAGCGCUACUUCGGCUGGAGCCAUGCCAAGACGAAUGAGUCCCUGUCCCCGGUGCUGAAGCAGCUGAAUAGGCAGCAGACACAGCUUCGGAUCGAUUCCUUCCUGCGCCUGGCUCAGCAUGACCGCCUGGAAGCGAAGGGCCUGAGGAGCCAGAGGCUGAACCGGGCUGUGACGUGCCUGCUGCGGAAGGAGCGGGAGGAGGCUGAGGCUGGGACUGGAGAAUCAGCCCCCAGGAACCCCAUAAAGCGAAGCCCAACGGGAGGCGAGGCCCCCGGCCCCAAGCGCGCACGUGGUGGGUUCCUGGGACAAGCCCGCAUGUCAGCACCCCUGGACCAGGACAUGUGCCAGCCUGCUGGGCUAGACACACCCAGGACGCAGCUGCAGAGCUCGGGUGAUACCCAGAAACCUCCUGCUCGGCCCCCCAGGAGCUCAAGCAGCUCUAGUGAGGAGGAGCCUGAGCAGGUGGAGCAGAGCCUGGUGACAGCCAGAUCUGUGUUCAGGGCCCAGAGAAGGGGAAGAGGAAGAGGAAGAGGAAGAGGGAGGAAGAAAGCCCGGGUUUAAGCUCUGCUUCUGGAGGGCAAGACUGCACUUAGAACCACC